AUGUCCAGUCCGGCUGAGUCAAGGGCACCGGCUUCGGCCUUCGAGAGUCCCACAUUUGGUGAGGACAGCUCUUUCCAUGUCGAACAGCCUGUGGGAUCCAUGUCCAUAUCGCCAUGUGGUCGAGAUGUUGUUCUGGCUUCUAAAGAGGGCCUCCACAUUAUCGACCUGGAUUCGCCAUAUUCCCCCCCUCGAUAUCUCCCCCACCACACACCAUGGGAGGUUGCUGAUGUUCAAUGGUCGCCUUUCGCAAACAGAGAUUCUUGGGUCGUGAGCACGUCAAAUCAAAAGGCACUGGUGUGGAAUCUCGCAAUGAAAAGCUGGGAAAACUCCAUCGAAUACGUUCUACAUGCACAUUCACGCGCAAUUACCGACAUUAACUUCUCAGCUCACCAUGCAGAGAUACUUGCCACUUGCGCUGUUGAUAGCUUCGUCCAUUGCUGGGACCUCCGAACACCGUCACGGCCGGUUAUCUCAUUUUCCGACUGGUUUGCCGGCGCCACUCAGGUUAAGUGGAACCGACAGGACCCCCAUGUCAUUGCGAGCUCACAUGACAAGUAUCUCCGGAUCUGGGACGAUCGCAUGGGUGCAAUACCUCUGAAGUCUAUUGAAGCGCAUAGCACAAAGAUUUAUGGCGUUGACUGGGAUAGGUCGCGUCGCGAAGCUAUCGUUACGUGCUCCUUGGAUAGAACAAUCAAGGUGUGGAAUUCUGAGCGAGAAGCCGAUGUUCCAGAGAAAGUGAUUGAGACGCCCUUUCCAGUAUGGCGCGCACGAAAUACCCCGUUUGGCUGCGGUAUUCUCGCCAUGCCUCAAAGAGGUGACAACGAUCUUCAUCUAUACGGUCAAAGCACAGAAGAUGCGCAUGGAUUUGGGGAAACCCUUCCCCUCGUUCAUAGCUUUCCUGGGCAUAAAGGACAAGUCAAAGAGUUUCUGUGGCGGCCUAGGGGAUCUGUUACGAAUGGUUUAGACAACCGAGAGUUUCAGUUAGUGUCGUGGGGUGCCGAUAGAGAAUUACGACUCCAUCGGGUUGAUCCAAGUAUCCUUCGUAGUGUUGGCUAUGAAAAAGGAAAAUCUGUCGACUUGGGCAUGCGAUUUACUAGACACGGCUCUCUAUAUAAAACAUUUCGCGACGAGCCUGCUCAGAAUCUUGACGACUCCAUAUAUGCCGAAACUGUAAUUUCAGCUGGCACUCGACCUCAGAUCGGUACCAGCGUAGGUACGAACAAUGUCUCUACUACACGCUACUCGCGCGCUUGGAGUCACAAAAUCCACAUCGAGCCUAGAGUUGGCAUGCAGGGGCGAUCACAACUAAGAGCUAAUCCUAACCCUAUUGCCUGGAUGCGCGGAGUAAAAAUAUCCGUCUGGGACAUUGAGACUUUAGGUGACGAGAUUACGCAUGUGGGCGAGAAGUUCUCCAAAGUCGAUUUUGAGUCGGUAGAUGUUCGCCAGAGGAAAGUCACGGUUUCACUACAUGGCCCCUGGGCGGCGGAAGGGAGCUCUUUAUUUCUCAAGCUUGACAUCAAGUUUCCCCAGGAUUACCCGCGGGCUGCAAUCCCAAAUUUCAAAAUCCAGAAGACAUCUGCUAUGACAAACGAGCUUUCAGAGAAGAUGGUUUCAGAGCUGCGGACAAUCGCAGAAACGUACAUGUCUCGGAAGCGGGGAUGCCUAGAAGGCGCACUCCGUUACCUCCUUGGGGAAUCCAGCCUUGAAGAGAGCAUUGCCUUAGUUCUUGGUGAGACUAUUGAUACCAUAAAAUCUCCCAUCACGGGACUAGAGGAUGAUGAAUCUAGUGAUGAAGACGAAGAUGUUGGCCAAUUUGACAAACAGGAGCUUAGUAUGAGCUCUGAGUUGCUGCGUCCCAUUAAUGCUAAUGUAAUGGUUCCCGUUGCCAGGGUCUGUGGCGCUACUUGGAGUCACGAUGGACGCCUGAUAUGCUUCUUCCCACCCAAAAAGGACAAGCCGGGAUCCUUAUUCGAUUCCCUGGGCUUUAAGGAUAUAAGUCGGCUCACGAGAAAUGACAGAGUCUUUGAAGGAUUCGGUCGUUUACAUACAAGCUCCCCUAAUCUCCGUCCCACAAGAAAGACCCUCGGCACAAUGAGCACUACCGAUGAUGGAGGCUCCGAUUAUUCUGAUGACUCCGAUACGGCCUCUUCGAGUUCUUCUGAUUCUUCGGACAUGAUGCUAGGCUUGCCGAAUCGAUUCCAACCGGCUUCAAUAUGGCGUAGCAUCGGUAGUGCUGGCAAUGUCAGUACAUAUCGAACAAAAUCGGCUGAUAAUUCUCAAUUAUCUACUGUUGGUGGUGGGCCUGGGACCGUUGGCACAGGUAAAUCAUCUGAAUUUGCACACAAUAUCAUUUCUAUCCACGACUUCAGCGACUUGCUUCCAGCAAAGAGAAACCUAGCUAGUCAGUACAAGAUAUUCGGAGAUGGUGCAGAUGUUUGCGCGCACAACGCGGCAGUGGCCGCUGACUCUGGUUAUCAUAACCUGGCUCAAGUCUGGGGCUUGCUAAAGUUGGUUUUACAAAACCAGAGUGACUCGCGUGUUCAGCAUAUUGACAUGAAUACGUCUGUACCAUCAUUGGGCAAAGGUGGGAGCACUAUUGAAGACUUUACCAAAACAAAGCAGAGUACUAAGAGUGUUUUGCAACGAUUCUGCUUUAAUCAUGGCGUGUUCGGUGGCCGUUGGCUUAUCAAUGCGCUUUUUGAUCAUUUCGAACGAAUCGGAGAUGUCCAAAUGCUUGCAAUGCUUUCUUGCAUUCUUCACGAACAAUCCAUGCGUAAUCGAGUUAGUCGACAUCGAGACAAAGAGGUAUCAUUUGUUCAUCCGAUGCACAGCCCGCUGGCAUUGGAUUUCUUUUCUUCCAAGCUUCCAGACAACAAGUCGCCGGCUGCAACCCCCUUAACUUCAUAUUCACGUGAGAGCAUCAACCCCAGCGUCUUCCAAAGUCCCGAGAUCCCAGCAGAACAGUGGAAUAGCUUUGGAACGACGCCACACUCUAGCUCAGCAUCUCCAAUGGCAACACAUACACGGAUAUUGGCGGAACGCAAGACCCCUAGUCUCUCUAUUUCUGCCUCACCAGACAAUGCUGGGGUAUCAAAACCAGGGUCUGGGAUUGGUACAGCGCUUGCAUCAUCACUGUCGCGAUCAUUUACAUUUGGUCCUUCUGCUGCCUCUUCACCGCCUGUUGCUAACGCCAAAAAGAAGACAAGCCCAAUAGGAAGCCUGAAUAUCCCAGCCGCAGUGAGUUGGAGUGCUACUCAAAUAAUUAACAGGGCUGUUUCAGCAAUUCCCGAAUAUCUCAACUCUUCAAUGGUGAUCACGUCGCGAAGUCACUCAGAGACAGAUAGCGAGAGAAAGAAAGACGCACGCAAGCCAAUGAGACUUAAUGUCUCUCACAAGAAUCGGUCAGCGUUCGACGCUGAUGAUUCCCCGAAUAGUCCUUUUAUUGAUCGCAAUAGAGAAGCGCUGUUCCAAACGUACCGUGAAUCAUAUGCCAACCUGCUUUUUGUGUGGAAUUUGCCCAUCCAACGCAGUGAAGUCAUGAAAAUAGACGCUCCUGUGGAUUCUUUAAGUGACACAUCUCCGGGUCAGCGGCAGAAGCAAGUACCAAGACAAACAUCGACGAUCGAGACACGCGACCAAAGAGAUACAAAAUCGGUUAUGAGAGACACCCUGGAUGUUCAACGACAUUGUACCGAGUGUGGGCAAGCUUUGCAUAAAUCGGUUUUUUCUUCUGUCAAAUCGGAGGAUUUUAACAACAAUAUUACAAAACACUCACCCCUCCCCAAAUGUCCUUCAUGCUCUUCAGUACAACCUUUGUCUGCUCAUGUUGGAUGUGUUAUCUGCGGAGAAGUUAUUUCUGGAAUGUUUAUACCUUGCCUGGAGUGUGGUCAUGUAUGCUGCUUUGAAUGCCAUCAACAAUGGUUUUCGCUACAGCGACCUCAUACUGUCGACGCCCAGGAUGUUUCUGACCUAGUGUGCCCUAGCCCCUGUGGCUGCAAUUGCACUGAACAUUCAGAGAUGGUAGUCAUCUCAUCACCUAACGCAAUAUCCACUCACGACGGCAAAGGUAAUCUACUCGGUCCUCAUUAUCGUCUCCGAUCUGAAAUUCCAGCUCGAUCACGGCCAGAUAUCAUGGCUGGCCAAACGGAUGAAGACCUAGACGCGUGGCGAGGCGCAGCUUUCGCUCGAGGACUAGGGGGAGGGCUUAGCCGUGUUUUAACAAGCACUGAACGUAGCCGGCGACCCAGCUCAUCAAACAAGAAGCUACAAUUAGAUCGCAUCGAUGCUGUGUAA